AUGUCUCUUAACAUCCUUAUCCUCGGUGCUGGUGAAUUGGGCAGCGCAAUACUCGAUGCUCUCCUUCAACAUCCUGCCUACCAUCCAUCUGGUGUGACCAUCGCCGUUGCUAUUAGGGCUGAGACUCUAGACUCACUGGACAAAGGAGUGUCGUCACCAAGAAUUGAAUCGCUUCAAGCCUAUCGCGCCAAGGGAAUCACAUUCACAUCUGCAGACCUUGUCGAGCAUUCCGAACAAAAGCUUUCAGAACUCUUCUCUCGACACAAUUGCGUCGUACAUGCGGGCGCAAUGACUCUCCCGGAAGGCACACAAUUGAAGGUUACUAAGGCAGUGUUAGCAGCCAAGGUUGAUCUGUACAUUCCAUGGCAGUGGGGUAGGAGUGGUGGGAUGGGAUUAUUCAGUGAGCAAUGCGACGUACGAGACCUGCUGCGAAGCCAGAAUCACACGAGGUGGUACAUUGUAAGCUGCGGUGUGUUUAUGAGCUUCUUGUUUGAAGACUUUUGGGGCGUGGUUGUACGAAGUAAUCAAGGGAGAAUUACCGUUGUUCGAGCACUAGGAGGCUGGGAUCAUUUGAUCACUGCGACCACCGUGGAAGAUAUUGCACGUUGCAAUGCUGAGCUUCUGCUCCGAGACACGAGCACGAAUCAUAGGAACCGCACAAUAUACAUAGCAGGAGACACAAUGACUUACGACGAAUUCGCUGACCUAGUCGAACGAACGGUGGGUCACACGAUAGAGAGGGAGCUCUGGUCGACAGAAUACCUGAAAAGCAAGAGCAGUGAGGAGCCAGAGAACAAGUUACUGAAGUAUCGGGUAGUGUUCUCAGAGGACAAAGGUCUAGCUUGGAGUAAGGAAGACACUUACAUCACAAGCAAGGGCAUUGGUAUGGAGGGAAUUGAAGCGUAUAUGCGGAGGAUGAACAUGCAAUGA